AUGGAGGAGCAGGUGGACCGACUACCUAAGAAGUUCUGCAAGAUGUACACGACCCAGCCGCUGGCUAGUCAACUGCUGUACUAUCUACGUACUCGUGGAGGCAACAUAUCGGAGCAGGAUUUCCAUAUACUCAGGGAAGCGCAACCCUUUACAGUGCGCCUCAGCGAUGGCAAGCGUCUGGAGCUGAUGCUCUGUGCCGGCAAUGACCUAGGCAACAGUCUGAUGUUGCUUGUCCGCAAGGUGCAUGGCGGCAGAUUGCUCUUAUACUAUUCAGCUGUGCAACAGGACGAUCUCUGUCUGCUGAUGGGCAAUGUAACCUACCAGGAAUGGAUUGCAAAAGGCACGGAGGUGCUCUUUUUAAAUCUCCAGGCAGUCGAUGAGCCGUUUAAUCAUGUGGAUUUCGAAGAGAUCGCCAGAGGCAUCUACAUAUAUGGAGAGUCUAUGAAAAGGCCAACUGUGCUCAAGGUGCCCCUGCUGGGCUAUGAGUAUCUGAUCAAAAGACUAGCUCAAACCUUGACACUCUAUGGUCAUAUCAAAAUGUCGAACGCCUAUUUGGAUAACUACAGGUGUUUGACAUCAGAUUUACGGCAAUUUGAGGUGGCCGGCUACGUAGUUAGUGCUAAAGUUGUAGCUUCCAACAGCGUUGAUUGCGAUGCACAGGAAAAGCCAUAUCCUCUGGAAAAACUUCAGUGGUCGCCAGUGCCAAAUCGCAUGAAUCUCAUUCAGCUGUGCAGUCUACUGCGUCCACUGCAUAUAAAUGGAAUAGUUGCGUUUCAUGCUUCAGGAAAUGUGCCGCCAGUGCCGCAAUUUCUCAAGCGCUUUCAAUUGAAGUACUCGCCCAAAUCCAAGGGAGGACUGGCUGAAGAGCAGGUCGAUGUGCCUGAAACUCAGCUUAUGCACUUGCCAAGUCAAGAGAACAUUCCUCAGACACAAACCCAGCAGGAACAGCCAACAUUAAGGAAACAACCUAUUGUAAUUAUAAAACAAAGACAGCUCCACUUUGUCGAUUACGAUGAUGAUGAUGAUAAUGAAAUAGAAUAG